UAAAUACCCCUUCAACCUUUCAUAUCUGCUUCCCGAGAGAGAGAGAAAAAACUAAAAACCCCAAAACACCCUUGUAACUUCUCUCUCUCCGUUAACUGCCGGAACAACGAUCGGAGCUUUUUACCGGGUCGGGUCAAAACCCGGAUCCGUGAUCGUUGCCGGAAGAAAGAAACAACCAAACAAUCGGAGCUAUUUCAACCGGGCUGGGUAAGAAAAACCGGGUCGGAGGAGCAAAAAUGGAUACGUACUGUUCGGACUGUAAGAGGAGUACGGAGGUGGUAUUCGACCACGCGGCGGGUGAUACGGUGUGUUCGGAGUGUGGAUUGGUAUUGGAAUCGAGAUCAAUUGAUGAGACAUCAGAGUGGAGAACGUUUGCUGAUGAAUCGGGUGGUGAUGACCCGAACCGUGUUGGUGGACCGGUUAACCCGUUACUAGGUGAUGCGGCGUUAUCGACAGUGAUAUCAAAAGGACCAAAUGGGAGUAAUGGUGAUGGUUCACUAGCGAGGUUGCAGAAUCGUGGUGGUGAUCCCGAUCGUGCUAUUGUUGUUGCUUUUAAAGCUAUUGGUACUAUGGCUGAUAGGUUGAGCCUUGUUUCUACUAUAAGGGAUCGAGCAAGUGAGAUAUAUAAGAGGCUGGAAGACCAAAAGUGUACAAGAGGCAGGAAUCUUGAUGCUCUGGUCGCUGCUUGUAUCUACAUUGCUUGCCGCCAAGAAGGCAAACCCCGCACUGUAAAAGAGAUAUGCUCAAUUGCCAAUGGAGCUAGUAAGAAGGAAAUUGGCCGAGCAAAAGAGUUCAUUGUGAAACAACUGAAGGUUGAAAUGGGAGAAUCAAUGGAGAUGGGAACUAUACACGCUGGGGACUAUCUGAGACGUUUUUGUUCUAACCUUGGUAUGAACCAUGAAGAAAUUAAGGUUGUCCAAGAAACUGUUCAGAAGGCAGAGGAGUUUGAUAUAAGGAGGAGUCCUAUAUCAAUUGCUGCAGCAAUAAUAUACAUGAUAACUCAACUUUCAGAUUCGAAGAAACCCAUUCUGCGAGCAGAUAUCUCAAUUGCGACCACAGUUGCUGAAGGAACUAUCAAAAACGCGUACAAGGAUCUUUAUCCUCACGCGUCCAAAAUAAUUCCAGAAUGGUAUGUCAAAGACAAGGACCUCAAGAGCCUGUGCAGUCCAAAGGCGUAAGAGUAACUUAGUCGUCAAGCUAUCGAACAGAGAAAACAUCAGACACCUCGGAGUUUUGGCUACGGUGUUCGGGGAUUCAUACCAAGGCGCAUCGUAGGUCAUGUAGGCUGGAGUAACUCAAAUUUAUUUCUUUUCCAUUUUUCUUUCCCCUGAUACAAAUAGGCUAUUCCAUUUUUUGAAUGUCGUUGAGCAAAUUGGUCAUCGUCCAAUUUUUUUUUUUAUGGCUAAACAUUAUCAUGCGAAGCGAAAACAUUUCGUCUUCCUCAAGAUCCAUUCAUUUGGUGAGCUACUUUAUUUUUCCUAAAUUAUGCUGAUUGAAAUAUUCUCAUUGGUGAGAUACUUGACCAAUAUGCUCUUAUAAAAGAUUGAUGAAUUGGUUCUUAUUUAAGAUUGAAA